AAAAAAAAGAAUAACUUCCGGGUCAAAGCUAACAAAUCCGAGUUAGAUCCAUCUGCUCACUGACAGCUCUGAAGUUGUGAUUUCAUUUGCUCAGCACUCAGUGAUUAAAGAACUCAGUGAUUAAAGAACUCCACAAUCUGAUCUCCCGCGGAUACCCAGAGACAACAUGGCGACCACCGUCAGCACCCAGCGGGGACAGGUGUACAUUGGGGAGCUUCCCCAGGACUUCCUGCGGAUCGCCCCCACCCAGCAGCAGCAGCAGGUGCACCUGGACGCACAAGCGGCCCACCAGCUGCAGUACGGGGACUCCAUGGCAACUGUGGGGCGACUCAGCAUCACGGUGGUGCAGGGAAAGCUGGCUAAGAACUACGGGAUGACCCGGAUGGAUCCGUACUGCCGUGUCCGACUGGGCUACGCAGUGUACGAGACCCCCACUGCUCACAACGGAGCCAAGAACCCGCGCUGGAACAAGGUGAUCCAGUGCACCGUGCCCCCGGGGGUGGACUCCUUCUACCUGGAGAUCUUUGAUGAGAGAGCGUUCUCCAUGGACGACAGGAUAGCAUGGACUCACGUCACCAUCCCAGAAAGCCUGCGCGGGGGCAGCGUGGUGGACGAGUGGUUCACCCUCAGCGGUCGGCAGGGCGACGACAAGGAGGGCAUGAUCAACCUGGUGAUGUCUUUCGCUUCCUUACCUGCAGGCAUGGUGACCCAGCCCGUCGUCCUGAUGCCCUCUGUGUACCAGCAGGGGGUGGGAUAUGUGCCCAUUGCAGGAGUGCCUGCAGUCUACAACCAGGGCAUGGUGCCAAUGGGGUUGCCCGCAGCCGUGCCCGCAGUGGGGGGCCCGGGGCCGGUGUGCAGCGAGGAGGACCUGAAGGCUCUGCAGGACAUGUUCCCCAACCUGGACCCCGAGGUGGUCCGCACCGUGCUGGACGCCCAGCAGGGCAACAAGGACGCUGCCAUCAACUCUCUGCUGCAGAUGGCCGAGGAGCUCUAACUGCAGAACACGGCUCACAGCGGACGCACGCACGCGCGCGCACACACACACACACACACACACACACACACACACACACACACACACACACACUGCAGCCACAGAGAUGUUUCCUGUCCCUCUAUUGAUCCUGCGUUAGGAUGUGAGGGUGCUUAAGGUUAGUAUCAGUGUGCUCAUCUGCUCACUCAGCGUUUGAUUUGCACUGUCUGAGCCGUAGUGAGUCCUGUUGUUGUUGUUGUUAUGAUGUUUACAUCAUGUCUGUAGUAACCUGCAGAAUUCUGUUGUUUUAUAUGUCGCUGUAAAGUGUUUAAUGCAGAGCUCAAAAUCUGGUAAAUUAUUAUGGAUGUAUAAAUUAUUUAGAAUAUAUGGUGAUGAGUCGAUGAACAAACGCCCUGAGGACGCCAUGUCCCUCUGAGUCAUCUUUCAUAGUGAGCCAAUCAUUUCUCUGCAACGUUUUGAUGACACCAAUGAUCAAUCAGUGCAGUGAGGAUGUGGGAACUGCUGUAAAGUAAUAUCCGGUGUAUAUAUGAGAGUUUUGAUAAAAACACAGUUAGCUGUGAUGAACAUUGUCUGGAGAGAUUUACUCUAACUUUUAUUGAGAUAAGUAUUCACCGCUGUAUUAAGAAAUACUUAGUGCCCCCUGAGUAGUGAGGGUGAGAACCCCACUAGAUGUUCAUCCCCAGAGGACCAAACUAUUUAGGGUGCCAGAAAAACAUUGAAUAUGUUCCAAUUCAUAGUAUGUCAAAGCCAGAAUGCCAAACACACCACGUUUUUCUGACUGGAUAGCAGAUGUAAGAGCAAGAGGGUCAAAGUUCAAGUUGGUCCUGCAGUAUGAAGUCAAAGAACAAUGAAUUGUAUCUGCUGUUUAUGGUGACCCCCCACCAUCCUAUUAAAGCAUGUACAUGAGGACUAACAGCUUCACUGUGUGAUGUGAGCGCAGCGCUUCCUGUGCCCUCUAGCUCUCCUCCGCUCUGUGGCCUCUGCCUGCCAAAGGUUCACGUGACAGCAGAUGGCGUCUGAUGGACUUACUAUCGCUCAUUAUCACUUCUCUGUCAUGUGAUUCUGUUCUGUCAGCAUCUGGACAUCCUUGCACUUGCAGUUUAAUUUAUUAAAUUGAUUAUUAGAAUCGUUUGUCAUUUAUCGUCAUGCUUGGCAUAACCUGCAGUUGUUUAAAUCUUCAUGUUACAUUUCAUAGCUUUAGGAAGAGUGCUUUUAGUGCUCAGAAGACAACGUGCCCCCUCUUCACAACCACAGCUACAUUCAGCUCCAAGCACAAUGAAUAUCUUUGUGAAAGGAAAAAGAUGCUCAUAAAACAACUCAUUGUCAUCUUCCUUUGUCCAGCCUGGUGCCAUGUAUAUACGUGUCAUACCUGCAGGUGUAAUAGUCAUGUGUGACCCAUCUACAGCAACACGUCCCUGUGAGACAUCAUUCAGACCCCGCUGAGAGUUAGUCACAAAGAUCUUAGAGGCAUUUUACAUCGGAUCAAACCCUAAAGAGGAAGCAGGACUCAGUGUGAGCUUCAGAAUCAUGUUUCAGACAAGAACAGUCACACAUGGUGUCUUUGAAGGGGGGGCUUUGUAUACUAAAGGUCAAGACACAGAUAAUACAAAGUCUAGAUGUUUUGAUAAUGGAAAGGGCGGUGUGGCUUUUGAAACAAAUAGGACAGAUUUGCAAAGUUUACAUUAGAGUUUAAAGAAUAUGCAAGUUGACUUUUGUUCUCAUUUAUAUACACACACUUCUGAUUUUAUAUAAAAGUACCAGAUAUGUUUGUUUUUUCUCCAGUAGUUGCUCAUUUUUGUACUAAUUAUUGAACCAAGAUAGGUUCACUUCAGCGUUGAAGUGCUCAGAAUCCGCCUCUAACGGUCUGGCGGGACAUUAACCCUUGUUAAGUCAGUGGGCAUCGGUAAAGAGGGAAAUGAGAGUUGCAGAGUUAUGGGGUGUUCAGUUUAACCUGGGCUUGCAAAUAGUGAGCUGUGCAAAAAUACACAGAGCUACAAUAAAAUUAAGGAUGACAUCA